AUGAGUCUUCAGCAACUCAGAUUUAUGUCUCAUUUUGAGAGGAAAGACCUAUUUACUGAUCCGGUUCCCUUUUCACCAGUCUGCCCAGGUUACUCAGAAGGUCUUGAUUUGGUGUUGCGUGACCAAAACAACACUGCGAAAGCUGCUGUAGCUCGACGUCAGAACGCUCGAAGCAAAUUUCAGAGCCCUACGCUUCCACAGCGGCCGGAUGCGUUCGUUCAGGAACUUUGUGUGUCGCAAGAAUCGCUUUCGAUUGACUUCUUUACCUCAUCCUUUCCGGACCCCACGGCAGACGAACAGUCUCAAAGAGGGUUCGUUGAUCUCAUACCAUUCCUGUAUCAUCGUGUCGCGUUAGAUUCGCCUCUUGCGCUUUGUGUUGCAGCUAUAUCUCAUCUUAUCUUCAACAAAUGGGUCCGAAAUGCCCAAAAUCCAGAAACAUUUCAAGCCAAGAAAGCCUAUGGGAAAGCACUGGCAAGCACGCGACUUGCUCUACAAGACCCAAUCUCAAUGGUGACUGAUGAUACCCUGAUGACUGUGUGUUUACUUGGAUUUUAUGAAGCAUGUUUUGAGUCUUUCCGGGCGAGGAUAUCAUCUCCAUGCCACUACGAGGGUGCUGGAGCACUCAUAAGCCAACGGAGAGGUCAAUCUAUGACGAAGACGACCGGCACGUUGCUAAUGGGAAUUAGAAGUAACAUCGCCUAUCGAGCCGCUCUUACUGGCUCUGUGGUUGACUUUCAUAGCCCUGUCUGGCAGGAUUUGGACGAGGUACCUCUGAACGUUGCUUCUCUUCUCGAUGUCAUGAUCGCAGAGGUCGCCAAUUUCCAGGCUUCUAUGCGUCAAGCUAUCGCUUCCGCAUCCAAGCUAGGCGAGGAUGAUCAAAUUAGACUCGAGGACCCUCAGAUCUCACUCCAGGCCAGCGAAAUGCACAGUCGCCUAAUAUCGUGGAUUGAGACCGUCCCUGCCGACUGGACGCCCAUAUCAGUCCCCCAUUUUCAAAUUCCAGAGUCAGUAACUCAAGCUGGCUUGUAUGGUACAAAUUGCGACAUCUACAAGGACAUCAUUGUAUGCUCCACCUGGAACGACUGGCGGGUCGCUCGCCUCAAAGUGCUCGUAGUACUUGCACGCUGUUGCACUGGCCACAAGCGUGCUGAGAUGGUGGAAGCCAUUCAAGAGCUAGCCGACGCCAUAUGUGCUAGUAUUCCGUUUUGCUUGGGUAGUAGGACUUUGCCUGCACCUAUGCAUGCGCAAAACAUCCAAUAUCCAAGCGAACCUGGCAAGCUAAUCCCAAAGCCUCAUUAUAAGACAGCAGCAGCUUAUGGUGGAUGGUAUCUUUUUGUACCCAUGAAACAAGUCAUUGCAGUGGGCAACUACUUGCGAGAUGGUCAGAGCAUGUGGGUGGCCUUACAGCUAAGACGACUGGCUGAAAUCUACAAUGUAGUUCCAAUGUCAUAA